AAUGUAAUAAAAACUCAAAUGCUUAUAUUUAGUUUUUUUGGUUAGAGUGUCUUUAAUAAUUGAUCUCAUUGAUACUCAGCUACGGCUGCUUUUCACUUCAGCGUGCGACUUUAAAAAUGGAGGCCAAAGCGAUGUCGACGGCCUCGACGACGGCUAGUUCUCCGCUCAGCGACGAAGGGAAGGAAAGAGGUUCGCGCAAGUUUAAGGACGAAGAUCUCGAGUACGACAUAACUUUCCCAUCCGCUGACAAGCAGCUCAAUCUGCCGACAGCCAAGGAGCCCGUCGUCUACUUAUUAGGUUGGGCUGGAUGCAAGGACAAGCACUUGUCCAAGUACGGUGCCAUCUACGAAGAUCAAGGGUGCAUUACAAUUCGUUACAUCGCCCCCGUCGAAGAGCUCUUCAAGCGGAGCUACGGCGGCGCACUGGAGGAGCAAGCCUACUCGCUUCUUGGCUUACUGGAGGACUUCAAACUUGAAGAGCACCCGCUGUUCUUUCACGCGUUCAGCAACGGUGGCGCCUUCGUCUACUCGCUGAUGAAUCGACACUUUAGGGACGAUGUCCAGGUCAUGUCAAAGAUUCGAGGUGUGAUCUUCGACAGUGGCCCCGCUCGCGUUGGCUUCUGGCAGUGCGUCAGCGUCAUGGCAACCUUCGUCGAGGGCCGCUCGGUGUUCCGCUACACCGUGGCAUUCUUCUGGGCAUUGGCCAUGUGGUUUUACUCGGCGCUGACGUCACUGGGCAGCCUAGUUCUCUCCACCAGGUUCCAGCGGUGCGAGUCUGCUUACGACGCCCUGCUCGCCGAGAGCCCACUCUGUCCGCAGCUGUUUCUCUACUCGGAGAAGGAUGCCGUCUGCAGCCACCAGAGCAUCCGCGCAUUUGCAGAUGCACGCCGCACUAAAGGCGUGCCAGUGGAAGAAGUGUUCUGGCAGGACUCUCCACAUGUGCAGCACUUUGUUCUCCACCGAAAUCAGUACGUCACAAGUGUCACGGACUUUAUGCGUCGUUGUCUCGAAGGCACAAUUCAGGUGUCUUCGCCCAUCGGCAAGAAGAACCGCUGAUGGGUAUGUGUUCACUCGUGGAGUUGCUGAUGCCGGGGCCAUGUUCUGGGACACAUGGUUGCAAUGAUGCUUUCAAUUUCACACGACACCGCAUCUGAAGGCAUUCAUCUUGUCCGACACCCCCUCCUCAAUUUUUUCUGUCAUGUUCUGCAGCAUCCUACAUGCCUUUUUCAUUUGAGCGCAACGAAACUUUUGGCCGUGAAAUACGCGUCAAGUUGAAUGCUAUUGGG